AUGCGUACCGAAUUAAUUAUUCAGGGUAUCAGAGACCAACUUCCUAGUGCCAAGUACAGACGCCAUGCCGUUCGAAGACUCAUCAGAGACAUCGACCAAGCACACGAUCAAGAGGAAGGCUCACAGGAUCAUCGAGGCACACAUCCAGCCCAGAAGAAGCCAUCCUCCAAGCGCAAGCGCAAGCGUCGUUCAAUGCAAUCCUCCUCACCACCCAGUUCAGACGACGAGCAUCAUCGUUUCCGCGAGAGAAAGCCAUCCUCCAAGGGCAAGCCUCGUGACGCCCAGAAACCUGAAGAGAGGUCGCCUAUCCUGACCGUUAGCACUGGAGGUCAUGUAGUUCCUCAAACUCAACCAGACUCCGUUCUUCACCUAAUGGGCGAGGCGGAAAACUACUGUCUUCCCGUAGACGACGAGCAAUCCUUUACACAACAGAAUCCCACCUACGACAAGCCAAAGAAGCCUCCUGUUCGUUAUGAUGCCUCGACUGACGCUGACUUUUCACUCGACCGUCCUUAUAGCCAACCUCCCAUCUGUGGCAAGCCCUCCACAGACAAAGCCUCUCUCUCUCUAAUAAUCAUUCUACCAGCAAGCUCGUGGACCGCGCCAACGCUUCUACGGACGAAGGUGUUCACGCAACCAGCUACUCCAACGUCCAUCAUCUCAAGUCACGGUCACAAGUCCUCUUCAAAGCAAAAGCGCUAUCACGGCACAUAUUCAGCCAGCUCGAUUUCCUGA